CGAGAGGUGGGCAACAUUUUUGCCUGCUCAGUCAACACACUCCACACAGACAGACAAGACAGCAAGUCAGAACAAAAUAGAUGAAGGAAAACUAAAGAGCAAACUUGAACUUGAUGAAAUACAGUUGACUUGGUGGAAAAAGGGGGACCGUUAAAGCCACUCUUGGGAUGCAGCUUAAACACUUGGAAUGUUGUUCUCCAGUAGAGCUGCUGUAUUUUUUUAUAUUUUAACACAAACACACCGUAGUAAUAGUUGAGUCACAGUGGGCCAGGCAACACCCUCAGUAAACAGUCUAGCCUGGCUGUAACCACAAGUUCGUUAGUUGGAUUUGUCAACCGGACUGCGAGGAUGAGAUGAAGAUGAAUGACUGGCUGCUAAGUGGCUUGGAGUGCCUGAGUAAUUCUUCUGUAAUGGACAAUGUUUCCCAGCAGACCCAGUGACUCCCAUCACCACCUAGAAUGGAAGACCCGCUGAGUGCUGCACUGAGGUGCCACAGUAACACAGCUCCAAGUGUUCGCAACCCACCCCGCCGCUUCACUACCCCAACCAAGUGACAAGAUGCUUUGGAGAUUCAGCCGUUUAUGGAAGAGGCAGUGCGUCCGGCUGAUAACCACCUGCUUGGUGCUUUCGGUGGUCACAGUUUGGUGGGACAACGGCAUGGUGAACCACGUCAAGUCCUACUCAUAUCGCCUCCUGGUGAACCGCUUCAGCUACAUCAACAAGAGCCUCACCAUCACGCGAGAGCAGGCCCAGAGCUUCCGGAACUUCCGCAACCUGCUGGAUCACCCGGAUAAAUGUGCUGGCCAAGACGUCCUCCUCCUGCUCUUUGUCAAAACGUCCCCGGUGAACACCGCCAGACGCGAGAACAUCAGAUCCACUUGGGGUAAUGAGACCUUCAUCUUGGACUCACUGGGAGUGACGGUUAAGGUGGUGUUCGCGUUAGGCGCACCCCUCGGACCCAACGGCACGGACGCUAUUAUUCAAAGGCAGCUCUUCCGAGAGGACCGUCGCCAUGGCGAUUUGAUCCAGCAGGACUUUUUGGACUCCUUCCACAACUUGACCAAGAAACUGAUCAUGCAGUUUCAUUGGAUGCACAGGUGCUGCGCUCACGCUCGCUUCCUCAUGACGGCGGACGACGACGUCUUCGUUCACGUGCCUAACUUGGUGGCGUACCUGCAGGAUGCCAGACACAAGGGUGUCACCGACUUCUGGGUGGGCCGGGUCCACAGGGGGGCGCCGCCAAACCGCAGUAAGGACAGUAAGUACUACGUACCUCUUGAGAUGUACCAGUGGAUGUCGUACCCGGACUACACGCCCGGGGCGGGCUACGUGGUGUCCGGCGACGUGGCGAGCAAGAUCUACCACGCUACUCUGACACUGAACGCCACGCUUUACAUAGAUGAUGUGUUCAUGGGCAUCUGCGCCAAGGCUGUCGGCGUGUCACCGCAGGAGCAUUUGUAUUUCUCAGGGGAGGGAAAGGCACCUGACCACCUGUGUAUCUAUAACCAGAUGAUUACCUCACAUGGCCACGUGGAGGACCUCCAAGGCCUAUGGAAGGUGGCAACGCACCCGCAGGUGAAAGAGAGGACGUCUGGACUUCUAGGCAGGCUGUAUUGCACGGCUGUGAAGAUCUCUCUGCUUUGUCGAUACCAUCUCAACGGCUACCCUUGUAUAGCCGCUUUUUAUUGAGGCCGUGAUCAUGUGAGGAUCAUUUAGGAAUACAGUGGUACCUUGAGUUACAAAUUACCCAACUUGCGAGUUUUUCGUGACAUGAGCCACCACUCGGCUGAUUUUUUGCUUUGACUUGUGAGCAAAAAUUGAAGAUACGAGCAGUAGAUGGUGGCAGCAAAUUCAACUCACCUUACAACAAGAGGCAGUUUGGCAGCUAAGUGAAUAUUUCUUCAAAAAAGCGAUUUAUUGCCACUCCCAGUCGAAGUUGACCGUGAAACUAUACAUAAAAUAGAAUCACGUUGUGUAUUUAAAACAACCACAUACUGUAAAUUUGUCUUACAAAAGUCCCCUAGCUUAAUGCUCACGCACAAUGCAAAAUGCCAUAGACAGGCUAACAAAUAGCAUUAGUCCCUUAGUUGUGAAACUUUUCUUCGCUUGUGUUUGCAUGGUGGCAAAAGGGUGCACACCGGAAGGAGCACAAGGGGAAAGAUGAGAAGUUGAGAUAUGAGUGUUUUGGGUUACAAGCGUGGUCAUGGAACCAGUUAAACUCGUAAGUCACAAGUGCCCCGAUUUCUGAGUUUUUUUAGUUAGGAUCAAUUUUUUGCAUUGUGUUGCAAGGAAAAAUUAGAGUUACAGACAAGCUUCUGAUAGGCCGCCACUCAGGUGAAGUGGGGAAAAAAAUGAAAUAAAUAAAUACAUUUUAAAAGUCCAUUGCCGAAGCACUUUCAGCUGUUUAUUGAAUGGGAUGAACAGUGCACCGGUAAUGUAGUGUCGGGUUUGAUUCCCGGUCCGUGCCCCAGUACCCAGCCACUGGCAGUCCCAAAACCUGAUUUAAAAAAAAAAAAAAAAAACAGCAGGUUAUGUCAGGAUGGGGCAUCGAGCGCAAAAAGGUGCCAAACAAAUCAUGCGAGUGACUCGUUGUGGCGAGCCGAAAGUCACAACAACAACAAUAAAUGGGACAAGCAGUCAAACACACAAAUAGACAAUGAGAACACUCGCAAGCAGCUAUGACAGACCAAAAGUCACAUCGAGAGGCUCACUGAGACUAAUCAGCCAUGUUCCUGACUUCACUCAGUAGGCCACGCCCCCUCAAAGGCACACAGCUCAGGCAUACAGUUGUUAUGACUUCCGGCUUGUCCCAAUGUGCAGGAAUUACGCUUUUUAAAACCAGUUUUGUUUUGACAUUCUCUUAAAUACAUUUUUAUACAAUACUGUACUAUGUUUCUUUAUUCCAAUCACAUUAAAAAUGGUGGCGGUUUUAGGGGUGGGGGUUGGAAAGGAUUAAUGGAAUCAUUUCAAUGGGGAAUAUUGAUUGGAUAUGCAAGUAAAUUGAGUAACGAAUUAAAUUCAUAAGUCAAGAUACCACUGUAUAACAUCGGUCCUUUCAGUCAAACACUCAUGUCUGGAAUGGAGAUGACUUGACAUUGGAGUUUCUGUUACUGUUAAUCAGAGGUGACAAAAGUACUCAGACUCUGUACUUAAAUAGAAGUACAGAUACUCUGGUAUAAGUAGAAGUACUUUAGUGAUUUGACUCCCUUAAGUAAAAGAUCUCAAGACUCUGAAGUUUACUUAAGUACAAAAGUAAAACAUCCUUUUUACUGUCAAUUAUAUACAAUAUCUGUUUUGAUAACUUGCCACGAUUAAUUUUUUCUUUCCUAAACCAAGAACAAGCGUAGGCUUUCAUGCUAUCAAAACAACAUGUUCCCAUAGCUUUGCUAUCAUUGUGAACUGACAAAAAAAAAUAAUAAUUCAAAAAUGCCUAAUUCGCUCAUUAUUACAACUGGAAAAAAAAAUACACCUUACCUGUAUGUAUGUGUUUUUUACAUUAGCCGUAGAAUUUUUCAACGAAAGAAGAUGGCGGGUUUUCGGCUGACAUAAGACACAAUGCAUUUUCCAUGAAUACCUCUAGUAGCCAACCAAAUCAAACAAUGCUUGUAAAUAAGGCCAUGGAUGGUAGGAUUGUAACGAUACGCCAAAGUUAAGAUUUGAUUCAUAUCGCGCUAUCAGUAUUAAACGUACAAAAACACACCUAAACCAGUUGGGAGAGGCUUGCUGAAGAAAUGUUUAGUCAAUCUAGCCUUGUGUUUUAUUUUCCUCUUUAAAAGAAUACAAAUAUGAAUAGAGUUUGGUAGCACCGUGGAUUGAACACACAAACUCUGGGAGUUGGAAGGCGUGUCGCAGUUUUACAAUUUCAAAGAUGACACAGGUCCGUGUCUUAAGACUAUCGUGAUUUUGGGUUUUGAUACUGUAUCGUUACAACCCUAAUGGAUGGGAGAUAGCUUGUUUCCCCGAAUAUAUUGCUGUUGUCGUUAAUACUCCCUGGUUGACGUUUGUCUGUGUCACUUCUGUCCCUGUUUUCUUCUGUCUUAGAAGUCCGGAGAUCUAAAUCAAUCAAGAGCUCAAAUGCAGUUGACUUUACCUCUCUCACUUAUAUCUUUUUCAUCUUGUCUGCUGAGGUUGAACAGAGCCUUUUUUGACAAAGUAAGGCGUAGAAAGUGGAGAUAUUUGUGUUCAAAAGUAAGGAGUAAAAGUUAAAAAAAAGUUUUCAGAAAAAAUUAAUUCCUGAAAAAUCCACUGUAGUACCGCAAUGAAGUAUUUGAACAAGGUGACUAAUUACUCACAUGACUGACAUGAACUCUGUUACUGAGCUCUGGUCUGUUGUUUUUAAAUCUUGACAGAAGUGAGACAAAUUGGGAGAUUAACCACAUCCAUCUGACUUCAAAUGUUUCUCAAUCACUCAUCCUGCCUGCUAAAAAUAUAAAAAUUUUGAAGAAGCUGAGGACUUAAUUCGAUAUUUUCUUGGAUAGAGGUGCUGUUUCUUGACUGAAGUCAACUAAAAUGACUUCUCAAAUGAUUGACUGCAAAGCAGAAGUGGCGAGUGACUUUUGUGUUCCUGAUUAUGAAUCCAAAGCAUCAACAAUCUAAUGCGUCCAAAAAUAUCUGCAUGGCUUCGUAUAAAAUUCCACACAGAGAAGGAAAAUGUCGAAUUUGACUGAUAAUCCAAGCAGUUUGUGGACUGAAAUAAAACAAAUUGUCAUGAAAUGGCCAACUUUUCUAUUUAAUGAGUUGUUUGAUUUGACAAAUAGCAGAAUGUAUACAUUGAUUAAAAACAUGAAAACUAAUUCCUAACAACCUAAAUCUAAUUUUGCAAAUUAGUAUGAUGCGUUACAGUUUAACACCACCGCAGAGUACAAACACAAUAAAUGUUUACAAUUCAGUUUCAAUCCAAAAUUAGCCUUUAUUAAAAAGCAGAAUAUCAGCUUCAACUAAUCUGUGUAGGUGACCAGUGUGUUUACACUUCUGUAAACUCAUUAGAGGGCAGCAAGUUCCAGUGGGUACGGAAAGUAUUCAGACCACCUUAUUUUUUUCACUCUUUUUUUAUAUUGCAGCCAUUUGCUAAAAUCAUUUAAGUUAAUUUGUUCCACAUUAAUAUACACACAGCACCCCAUAUUGACAGAAACAAAACGGAAUUGUUGAAAUUUUUUGCAGAUUUAUUAAAAAAGAAAAACUGAAAUAUCACACAGCCGUAAGUAUUCAGAUCCUUUGCUCAGUAUUUAGUAGAAGCACCCUUUUGAGCUAAUACAGCCAUGAGUCUUUUGGGAGUUUUUCACACCUGGAUUUGGGGAUCAUCUGCCAUUCCUCCUUGCAGAUCCUCUCCAGUUCUGUCAGGUUGGAUGGUGAACGUUGGUGGACAGCCAUUUUCUGGUCUUUCCAGAGAUGAUCAAUUGGGUUUAAGUCAGGGCUCUGGCUGGGCCAUUCAAGAACAGACACAGAGUUGUUCUGAAGCCACUCCGUUAUUUUAGCUGUGUGCUUCAGGUCAUUGUCUUGUUGGACGGUGAACCAGUCUGAGGUCCUGAGCACCCUGGAGAAGGUUUUUGUCCAGGAUAUCUCUGUACUUGGCCGCAUUCAUCUUUCCUCCGAUUGCAACCAGUCCUCCCUGUAGCUGAAAAACACCCCCAUAGAAUGUUGCUGUCACCACCAUGCUUCACUGUUGGGACUGUAUUGGACAGGUGAUGAGCUUUGCCUUUCUCCACGCAUGCCAUUUAGAAUUAAGGCCAAAAGGUUCUAUCUUGGUCUCAUCAGACCAGAGAAUCUUAUUUCUCACCAUCUUGGGAGUCCUUGAUGUGUUUUUUUUUAGCAAAGUCCAUGCGAGCUUUCAUGUGUCUUGCACUGAGGAGAGGCUUCCGUCGGGCCCCUCUGCCAUAAAGCCCUGACUGGUGGAGGGCUGCAGUGAUUGUUGACUUUCUGGAACUUUCUCCCAUCUCCCGACUGCAUCUCUGGAGGUCAACCACAGUGAUCUUUGGGUUCUUCUUUACCUCUCUCACCAAGGGUCUUCUCCCCCGAUUGCUCAUUUUGGCCGGACGGCCAGCUCUAGGAAGGGUUCUGGUCAUCCCAAAUGUCUUCCAUUUAAGGAUUAUGGAGGUCACUGUGCUCUUAGGAACCUUUUUUGUAACCUUGGCCAGAUCUGUGCCUUGCUACAAUUCUGUCUCUGAGCUCUUCAGGCAGUUCCUUUGACCUCAUGGUUCUCAUUUGCUCUGACAUGCAGUGUGAGCUGUUAGGUCUUAUAUAGACAGGGGUGUGGCUUUCCUAAUCAAGUCCAAUCACUAGAAUCAAACAUAGGUGGACUCCAAUGAAGGUGGAGAACCAUUUUAAAGAUGAUCAGAAGAAAUGGACAGCGCCCGAGUUAAAUAUGAGUGUCACAGCAAAGGGUCUGAAUAUUUAUGGCUGUGUGAUAUUUCAGUUUUUCUUUUUUAAUAAAUCAGCAGAAAUCUCAACAAUUACGUGUUUUUCUGUCAAUAUGUGGUGCUGCGUGUCCAUUAAUGAGGGAAAGAAAUUAACUUAAAUGAUUUUAACAAAUGGCUGCACUAUAACAAAGAGUGAAAAAUUUAAGGGGGUCUGAAAACUUUCCUUACCCACUCUAUUUCUGUCAAUAAUCCCUCAUAGAUACUUCAUCAUGGCUCUUUAUGUAAUAUAUCUGUUGCAUUGAUUUAGCAUUCCCCUGGAGAUUUUUUUAUAAUUUCUCAUUUAAUGUAUUAUAAUAAUAAUCUUUUUUUAUUUGACAUGGUAUGUUAAACACUGUAUAUUGACCUGGCAGUGCCAUAAGGGACCAAGAGGCGGGCCGGAAUGCCAUUGUGAAAGAAGCUAAUCUUCACUCCCUCCUCUGGGGAGUCGGUAACACAACUGCAAACACCUUGAGACCACCAACAUACCGCUUGGGACCACAAUGGAGGAGCUGCAGGACUUGUUUAUAGAGAAAUAUAUUUUAAUUGGAAAAGAAAAAAUAUUUUUUUCCAUCUUAUUAUUUGUUUUAUGUUCGAUCCUUAUGUACAACACUUUGUUACAGCUGUGGUUGUUGUUGUUUUUAAAGUGCUCUAGAUAUAAAGUUGCUUUUUUUGCUUUCUGGGAUUUUCCAAUAAACACAGUUUGAAAAUAAAAAACUGUUUUCAAUAAUUAAACAAGGUAGGUCAGAUUAACCGCAACCCCAGUUUUCUCCGGACACUCCGGUUUCCUCCCAGAUCCCAAAAACA